UCAGUAUAUACUCAAUGUCGUAAAAUAUUGUUGAAAGAAUAUUAAACAAUAAAUAAUUCAUUAAUAUAAAAAAAUGUCUCAUAAAAUUAUUGGAAUAAAUUUAUUUAAAUUUGUUUUGUUGUUUAUUAUUAUAAAACGAACAAGUGGAUUUAUGUUGCAUAAUGUUACUAAGUUAUCACGUGAACGAAGAGGCGAAGCCGAUUAUUAUGAUGAUACAUUACAUUGUUCUAAUUAUCAAUGUCAAUGUAAAAGUAAUUAUACGGCAAUAUCUGUUGCCCAAUGUGUUCAAACACACUUGCUGAGUUCCUGUAAUGAUGUUACGAAAUGCAGUGAUUCGUGGCAUUCAUUCUGUUCGAAAGAAAGAAAAUGUGUUUGUACAUUAGCUAACAUAGCAGUGGGAACAUCAAUGUGUCUCCCAAUUUUAAACGGAUAUUGUUGGAAAGAUGAUCAAUGCCAGGUUGAAAACUCCGUUUGCAUUGAUUUUCUGUGUAAAUGCAAACAAAGCUUUAUUGCUAUAGCUGCUAAUCUAUGCUUACCAAUAAACUAAAAGGAAACAUGAAUAAAGGUGGAUCCGAGUGCCCAACCGAAAACUUUCCAGCCAUCAUUUUUUUUCCUGACUCCGUUCUUUUAUUUUUUGAGCAUUUGAUUGAAUAAUCAAAUUCAUUUUCCUGUCUCCAUUCUUAAGGUAGUUCCAGCGUGGUAUACUACAGUCAGAGUAUUUACUAUAGACAAAAAUUUAAAACGCUCGGCACACAGACGUUCACACAUACAAUUACACGUUGUUAGUUUUAGAGAUCUGACAACGUUGCUCUGAGUGUUUAUGUAUUUUUGUUUAUUGUCUCAGUAUAUACAAAUAGUAUUGCGCUUUCUAAUAAUAGUACCUAUUAAUUAAUUAAAACGAUGCUCAAGCAAUUAUGGCACAAAUGUUGAUUCAUAAAAAAACGAAAAUUUAUCUAAAAAAUUGUCUUUUCAAAAAGUAUCAUAUUUAUUUAAUCGUUUUUUUUUUUUUUUAUAA